GACGGCGGCGCGGGCUGGGGGGAGCAGGCGGCGGCGGGACGGGAGGGGAGGGGCAGGAGGCGACGGGAUGAGGAAAGGAGGAGGAGCUGGAUUGAACGGUUACGUUGUAACCAGUAGCACAGUGGCACAGUGGCACGGUGGGUAAUUACCUCGGAAGUCCGUAAGUUGGUACGAAAUUAUUUUAUAACUUUAUAAGUUGGUAUGAAACUAAUGUUUGUGGAGCACCUUUAAGGUACUUAAAAAAACAUAAAUCUGACCCUCAACUCUAUUUUUUUUCUGGAGCUAGAGUUGAUGGAACUGUAUAUGUUUGGAUGGUAAUUUUAUAGAGUUGAUGGAGUAGAGCAAUUUUUUGGAGGUGGAGUGCUCCCAAACGUGCCCUUAAAGAAAGGGGAAGGAAAACAAAACCCUAGUAUGCCGAAUCCAAUCCACGAUGGAGCUGGAGCCGCCGGUGGCGGCCGUCGAGGAUUCCGGCUGCACUUUCGGCUGGUGCUUCUACUGCUGGGUUAGGCUCUGCGCAUCGCGGAUUCCGCCCGUUGCCCCGCAGGGACUACGACCGCACCCCGCUCGGCGCAGAUCACCGGGCGCCGUGGUCGCUGCUCAUCGGCUACCGCCCGCCCUCCUCUGCCGGAACCAGUCUGAUAUGCCUGCGCCGGUUCGCGUCCCACGGUCCGGCCGCGUCCUCGGCCGGAGCGACGACGCCCUCGGGAUCUUAAACGACGUCGACUAUGAUGCCAAGGGCGAGUUGGUGCAAAUCAGCACCGCCGCCGCCACGCCGAGCACCGACGGCCGCUCGCUCGCGCUCUGCCUCUUCUGCUUGGAUUUCAAUGUCCAUGGUGCUGGUGGCGAAGCCAGCUCCCCCCCCCCCCCCCCCCCCCGGGUCCCGUGGAGCUUCUUAUGGAGCUCAAUGCUGCCGACACGAGGAUCAGCUUACAUUCUCCGCCUCACCUUCCGCCGCUCUCCUUCAUGUCGAUCUGCCCCAUCUUGGCCGCUGGCAAACUCUGGACGCUAGGUUUCCUCAACCACUGUGGCCCAACCUCUCUCGUGAUGCUACGCCUUGACAAGGAAUCAGAGAAGUGGGUGCAGGUCGCCACCAUGGAGGUGACAGACUGCGUCAUAUAUGGGUAUGCUGUGGUUCAUGACACCAUCCUGCUGUCCUUGAAGCCAGAGCGCCUCUUCGUCGUCUUCAACUGCGCCACCUGUGCCUAGACUGCCGUCAAGACCGACACCAAGGGGCAGGAUACCUUUGACCCCUUUGCCUGGAUUCGUGGCGAGGUCGUUGUUGACUACAUCCCUAUCUGUGGUCGUGGCCUGUACGUUGAAGAACAUGACACUCUGUGGCAAACUCUGGAUCAGCGCUGUUGCAAUUGUGAUACUUUCCAUGUGUUAAUUACCACCUUCCGAGUAAUUGGCAAUAGUGGGAGCAGCCAUGAGCACUUUAUCCCCAAAGGUGUCCAAGUUUUGCAUUCCACCUGCCGCCGAUUAGAUAUUGAUCCAAGCAAGUCUAGCCUGUCGGACUACAUGUUCUGCUUUCUGCGGGAGUAUGAGGAGAAUACACUGCCCCCUGCAAAAAAGAAGAGAGAGAAUGAAAUGACACCUUCAAUGAGCCUUGAGUUGAUGGUUCCAGCCAGCUCCAAUGUGGCAGAAUCUUCCAAGAUGCUUACUUGUUGCAGGGAGUUUUUCAGUGAAUCGCCUUACAUACUUGCUCUCAGGCUUGAGAACUCUGUAAUCCAAACGACCAAAGAUCUGUAUAUUGUUUGCCAAGCUCCUAGUCAUGCAACUGUGUUUAAGAUUAAUAUUAGGGAUGGAAAGUUGGCGUGCCAUAACCAGAAUCUCAAACCGUACGGCGUGAUGGAUACAUUUGUAUGUUCUGAUCCUGAUGAUCUGAUGGAACAGCCUUUCCCGUGGCACUUUACCUGUGACAGAAAAUCCAUAUAUGCUGUCCCAGACAAAACGAACGGUAUACAUGUUCUUAGUUUGGAUAAGGGAUCUGUCAUUAGCUUGGAGGCAACAGGGCCUACUGGAACUGAUUUUUCAAUAUCUCUCUUUCUUGCAGUUGGUUCCAAUAUCAUUGCUAUAAAUGAUACUCUUGGAGGUGUCUAUCACUUGUCUGAUACACAUGAAUGGGUGCCUCACAGCAUCCAAAGGUCUGUUCACCUGGAAAAGAAGGUUGAGCUGUCUGGAUAUGCGGUCUUGAGUGAUAAAUCCUUCAUGGUUUGUGAUGGAAAAACUGAUUGCUGUUUUUUGUUUGACCUGGACAAGGAUACAUGGAGUAUCGUCAGGGCAUAUUCUGAUAUUUCAAGUUCAUUGCCAAUAGUUCAGCCUACAGAGUGGUCUGCAAGUAGAUUUUUGAGAGGGAGAUCUGCGCUUGCUGAAGGUUUUAUCUACACAUGUGCAGAUGGAGGACUUCGAGCUUAUGAGAUUAUUAAGGUACAAGAUUCUUAUUGCCUCAGCGAAGGGAUUUUUUUGAAGUUUCCAUGGCUGAAGUAUUGGGGUAGUGAUAGAAUGUGCUUGGAUUAUGUUGGUCAAGACACAGCCUCUGGUGCUAUUAUGUUUUGUGUGGUGCAAGGUAAUAACUAUGAUCAACAUCGCCUGGAUGCUCCGGACAAGCAUCGUGUAUUGAUCACCACUAUCCAGAUUAAGACUGAAAGAACGUCCCGUUUUACAUUGAAACCUGUGGCAGUUGGCCAUGCGGAUGGUGGCACAUCCUUCGUUGGUCAAGAUGGAGGACCAAUCUGGACCAGCAGUUGUUUUGCCCCUUGAUUAUGCUGUUCCGUUGCACCUUGUGUUUUUACUAUCUGGCCAUGUGAUUUCUGGCAAUGGAUGCAAGACUAAUCUGGACCAGCACUCAAAACUUUGAUUCUGAUGCUUCAUUACACCUAAACUUUGCAUUGUGGUAUGUAUGAUUACCGUGCAUGGUAAAACUAGCUGGAGAUGCAUUUGAUGUUUUGUACAUGUGGACCAUGAGCAUGUCAUGUAGCUGAAGAUGGACCAUGAUCGUGGUGAGUGAUGACCUGAUUAUUUA